AUGGAAAAGAAUUAUGGGAGCGCCAUUGCCCUUCUCAAUAGCAGACGCCGGACAGCUAGACCCAGCUUGGGGGUUGCACUCGGUACGAGCAACAUACCCGCCCUAGAUUCAAUGCCAAGCUUGAACGGAGCGCCUAGCAUGAAAGGGACACCCAGCUUGGUAGGAAUGAAAGGUUGGCUACAAGAACUUGGGCAUUCAGAAAAUGACGUCAACAGUCUCAAUGUUGUGCAUGUCGCAGGGACGAAAGGGAAGGGUAGCACAUGUGCUUUCGUCAACUCGUUCCUGAAAGCGCAUGGCGAAAGGACCGGGUUUCCACGAAGAAUCGGACUCUACACUUCCCCCCAUUUGAAGCAUGUACAAGAGAGGAUCCAGAUCGACUCAAAAACCAUAUCGGAAGACCUUUUUGCGAAAUACGUUUUUGAAGUCUGGGACGGUUUGUCUCACAAUACCCCAAAACCCCGUUACCUCCAGCUCCUAAUGCUUGCGUCGGUCCACGCAUUCAUUAGAGAGGGGAUUGACGUUGCGAUCUACGAGACUCAUAAUGGUGGAGAAUAUGACGCUACAAAUGUUAUCCAAAAGCCUAUCGUCACCGGAAUUACAACAAUCGGGAUGGAUCAUAUUGAGCAGCUCGGCCCAUCGAUCGAAAACAUCGCCUGGCAUAAGGCGGGAAUUUUGAAGUAUGGAAGCCCUGCUUUUUCAACUCUCCAGGAGCCCGCAGUUGCUACAGUAUUACAGGCGCGAGCAAGUGAGAAAAAUGUGGCAUUGGGGUUUGUCGAUGUCGAUCCUACACUGCCCUGCAAAGCGGAUGCGUUGAAGCCAGAGGUCCAGCAAAAAAAUUCUUCGCUUGCUAUCGCUCUUGCCGACACUUUCCUGAAGGCAAAGGCACCUAAAGAGUAUUGUAGCCUGAUGUCGCAAGACGUUAUUCGAGGUGUAGAUCGUUUUUCCUGGCCCGGAAGAUAUCAACGGAUCAUCGAUGGGGACUACCAGUGGUUUCUUGAUGGAGCCCACAAUGAGCUGAGUAUUCAGAAGGCUGCGCAGUGGUUUGCUGAGACCGUCUCGGAGAGCCAACGGUACCUGGAAAUGUCCAAUUUGAGAAACACGGAAUCGAAAGCUGAAAACUCCAGCAAAGUCCUGCCAGUCACGCGCAUUCUCAUUUUCAGCCACGUAUCUGAACGCGAUGGAGCGGCCAUCCUAAAAGGUGUUGCUAGAGGUUUACAGGAAAGUGGAAUGCAGAUACAACACGUCAUCUUGAGCACCUAUGAAGAAAGACAAGACGGUACUGUCGGCAUUAAUCAAUGUUCAAACCCUCCCAAAAAGCCUUUCUCACUGGAUGUUCAGAAGGAUUAUGUUGACGCUUACAAGAGUAUUAAUCCCAAUGUCGACAUAGCAAUCGAGCCAACCAUUGAGGGUGCUUUGAACCUUGCAAAGGACAUAGGAGAUCGUGACAACGGAAUGCAGACUUUGGUGACAGGAAGUCUGUACCUAGUCGGUGGUGCUCUCCGCCUCCUGGAAACAAAUGCUUGA